AUGGGAGUAGUCAAAGCUUUGCUUUUCGUUGUUUCCUUGCUAGUUGUUCCGAGUACCGGCUACCGUUAUCCAUUUCAGGAUCCGAGCCUUCCCUGGGACGAUCGAGUCGAUGACCUAGUGGGUAGAUUGACUAUCGAGGAGAUCCAGGGACAGUUGGCCAAGGGUACUGGAGCUACUCCAGAUAUAUCAAGACUCGAUAUUGGAGCGUACUCUUGGUGGACGAAUUGUGGCCGUGGUGAUGUCGGGGCAGGGAAUGCGACCUCUUUUCCGGAAUCUAUUGGCCUGGCCGCUGCUUUCAGCCCUGAUUUGAUGUAUGCCGUGGCAAGGGUUUCUGCCCUGGAAGCUAGAGCUAAAAAUAAUUAUUUCCUAAAACAUGGCCAAUAUGGUGUUCAUAAGGGAUUGAGUUGUUUUAGUCCUAAUCUAGAUAUUUACAGAGAUGCUCGAUGGGGGAGAAAUGAGGGAACAUGGGGUGAAGAUCCAUUUCUCGCUGACGUUUAUGCUCGUGUAUUUGUUAAGGCAAUACAGGGAGAUAAUCCAAGGUAUGCUUUAAUGACAGCAACCUGCAAACAUUAUACUGCUUCCGGGGGUCCAGACAGCUAUCCUGUGUCCAGAAUGAAAUUUGAUGCCAAGGUUUCAAUGCGAGAUUUACAGAUGACAUUUUUACCAGGGUUUAAGGGGUGUAUUGAUGCUGGUAGUUACGGACUACUCUGUGCUUAUAAUAGUAUAAACGGGGUGCCAGCCUGUGCUGAUAAAACUACCCUAGUAGAUGUUUUACGGUCUGACUGGGGAUUUAAAGGAUAUGUUAUAAGUGAUGCUGGAGCUAUUGAAGGGAUGAAGACUGGUCAUAAUUAUUAUAAUAACUCAGUAGAUAUUGUAGCGGGCAGUUUGAAUGCCGGGUGUAAUAUCAAUGCCGCUGGUGGAAAAACCAAAGAUAAGGAUAAUGCUUAUUUUUCUAUGGUUAAGGCUAUUCAAGAAGGCAAACUGACAGAGAAGAUGGUUCGAGAUUUAAUUAAACCAACAUGGUUCACGAGAUUAAGGCUUGGAGAAUUUGAUCCACCAGAGAUGGUACCAUACAAACAGCUAGACCUGUCCAUCAUCCAAACCCCAGCUCAUCGCAUGUUAUCUGUUGAGGCAGCCAUGAAAUCUUUUGUCUUGUUGAAAAAUCGAGGAGAUUUUCUACCAAUGAAACAAACCAAAUAUAAUAAUGUAGCGAUAAUUGGACCAAUGAUAAACAACCCAGAAGCACAGACCGGAAAUUACUCUCCCACCAUCAUGCCUACCUAUACCACCACUCCACUGGAAACUUUAUCUAAAUAUUUAGCUCAUUCUGUCACAUCAACUAAUGGUUGUCUUGGUGAUAAUAAUUGUUUACAAUAUAACCAGACGGCGGUUAUUCAGGCCGUUCAAAAAUCUGACGUAAUCAUCGUCUGCCUUGGUUUAGGAAAUGACGUAGAAAAAGAAGCUCAUGAUAGAAUGAAUAUAUCGUUUCCCGGUCACCAGUUAGAUAUUUUGAAGGAUGCUGUAGAUAAUAGUCCAUCCACGACUCCGAUAGUGUUGGUGAUGUUCAACGCUGGAGCAGUCGAUCUAAGAUGGCCGGAUGGCGAAAAUCGUGUUACGUCUAUUCUGGAGGUCUUCUAUCCAUCACAAGCUGCUGGUGAUGCCUUGUAUAACGUUUUGACGAUGUCUAAUGGAAGUUCAUCUGUGCCGGCUGGUAGAUUACCCAUUACAUGGCCAGCGAGUGAUGAUCAGAUUCCACCAAUAACCAACUUUACGAUGGAAGGAAGAACAUAUCGUUAUUCACCACCAGAACCUCUGUAUCCAUUUGGUUACGGUCUAUCUUACACAACAUUCCACUAUUCUAAUCUGACCUAUUCUGAUUCUAUAGCAGCUGGGGUCAACUUUACUGGAUCGGUUCAGGUCCAGAAUACUGGAAGUAUCGACGCCGACGAGGUAAUACAAGUAUAUUUCUCGUGGAACAGCCCCUCAGUACCAGCCCCUAAAAUACAACUAGGUAACUUUACCCGUAAGUUGAUACCAGCAGGCUCGACUGUUACUGUCCAGUUUACUAUACCAUCUAGAAUUAUGGCUUUAUGGGUAGAUGAUUCUACUGGCUGGAAAAUUGAAUACGGAACGUAUAAUUUCUAUGUUGGUGGUCAACAACCAAACCAGAAGAAAAAUGUCGAUUCAAAUGUACUGAAAGGAUUCUUUACUAUAUUCGGAGAUAAAUAUUUAGGACGAGCCAGAUAA